CCUUGGGCGAUUCAGUAUGCCUCCGAGGGCCUUUGGGACGACAGCGACACCAUGGCCUGCGUGGCUAAAAUAGACGGCCUUCCUGCUCUGAAGUACGCGUCACACCGAUUACGAGCUAGCGAAUGGUUGGUGAGGCUAGCGGUGCAGACCAACGGGCUAGCAAUCAAGUUCGCCUGCAGCGAGGCUCGGGCGAAUUACGAGAUCGCACUUCUUGCCGUUCGUAAUAAUCCAUACGCAGUCCGGUACUUGGCGCAGGAGCUGCGCCGAACCAAUCGCGAGCUUCUCUGCACAGCCCUCGACGUCUACACAAAGAAUGAGGAGAAGCGAGCCGCCCUUGAUGACGUCUACGGGCAGAAAUUUUUCUGCGAGAAUCUGCACUACAGCGCUGUCACGUGUAACCGCGGGCCGUGGCACUGGUUUCACGAGUGGGACGGACGGCAUCUAAAGCAUGUGGAUUUUAGUGGGCUUGUUGAGCAUCAUUGUGACUCCUGGUGUCGUGAACACCAUCCCUCACAUCGCGAGGCGGACCCACCUCAUCACGAAGACCAUUCUGCAAGUCAGGACGAGCCUGCACAGGUUCUUGAUUUGCAAAACGGAAACGAAAUGCACGCGAAUCUUCCGGAUGGGGACCUCGCCCGCACUCACGGUGCUCAGCCGCCUCCAGAGCUCGGACUAGAAAUCUUGUCCAGUGCUAGUCGAGAGCUACGAGACGACGAAGAAUUUGUGACUCUUUGUCUUGAAGCGAGUCCCGCGUGCUUCGAAUUUGCGAGCUCCAGAAUCCGAAGUAACGGUCGCUUUGCUUCUCACGCCGUUCGAAAAUUUUGCAAGGGGGAUAUUGUGGUGGAAGAACCUGCUGACGCUGGAGGCAGCGAUUUGAUUGACAGAUAUGACGAGCGCAGAGAGCUUACGGAUGCGUGUCCAAUGCGGUUUGCCGGCGAACAUCUACGAGCCGACGCAUCCUUCCUGCGAGCAGUGCUUUUCGAUGAGAAUAUAUUAAUGUCCUCCCUAGAAGCUACAAUCAUCCUCUCCCACGCGGACGAGAAAACAAAGGCAGCUUUCUACGGAGAAGACGUAGAGUUGUCGACGCAAUUUGCUCAGCGGUAUCCGACUGCGCUUCGGUGGAUGCCCAGAGGCUUCAGGCGGGAUCGAGAAAUAGCGCUUCAAGCGGUUCGCGCAAACGGGGAAGCGAUCAAACACUUCGGAAGCCGCAUCAAAUCUGAUCGCGAGGUAGGUUUCGUGGCCGUUUCUCAUGAAAUGGAAAAUAUUUUCUGCCCCUGGACACUCGAAUACCUGCACAAGCGGCUACGCCGCGAUGAAGGUAUUGUGCGCGCUGCG